AUGGCCACAUUAGCCCGGCUGCAAGCUAGGUCGUCGACUGUAGGAAAUCAGUACUACUUUAGAAACAGUGUUGUAGAUCCAUUUAGAAUAAAGGAGAAUGAUGCAGCAGUUAAAAUCCAGAGCUGGUUUCGAGGAUGUCAAGUUCGGGCAUAUAUCAGGCAUUUAAACAGAAUUGUAACAAUUAUUCAAAAAUGGUGGAGAAGUUUCUUAGGCAGAAAGCAAUACCAACUAACUGUGCAGGUAGCAUAUUAUACUAUGAUGAUGAAUCUCUACAAUGCAAUGGCUGUCAGGAUUCAGAGACGAUGGCGAGGCUAUAGGGUUCGGAAAUACCUCUUUAAUUAUUAUUAUUUGAAAGAGUACCUCAGAGUCGUUUCAGAGACCAAUGAUGCAAUUAGGAAGGCACUGGAGGAGUUUGCAGAAAGGAAAGAAAGAGAAGAGAAGAAAGCUAACCUCGAAAGGGAAGAGAAGAAAAGAGAUUACCAAGCCCGAAAGAUGCAUUACCUCCUCAGCACAAAGCAGAUUCCAGGAAUAUACAAUUCACCCUUCAGAAAAGAGCCUGAUCCAUGGGAGUUACAAUUACAAAAGGCAAAGCCUUUAACACACCGAAGACCUAAAGUUAAGCAGAAAGACUCCACCAGCCUUAAUGAUUGGCUAGCUUGUACAAGCGCCCGUUCUUUUCCUCGGUCUGAAAUUCUACCACCUAUUAAUAGAAAGCAAUAUUUGGAGAAUUUGAAAAGUAUCGUUGGGGUGACAGGGAAACUCAAGAGUAAUGUUAAGAUUACCUGCAAGGACUUUCUGAGCACUAUUUGGACCGUAUAG